AUGUGAACCUCUGAGUCUCAGCUCAAGCAUCUAUGGAAUAAAUCAGUCAAGAAAAAUGCAGCAAUGAAAAAGCCCUUUGUCCUCAGACUAAAUGGAAAAUAUUGCUUCGCAAAUGAAAAACUCCAACUUACCUCAGACAUCAACCACAGUUCUCUAAACUUAUGAAAAAGAUGAGAAAAUAAAGAAAAAGACCAAAGCAAAUGAUCAAAUAAAGCUCAAGGAAUAGCAACCCAAUUUUAUCGACUAAAAGACAAAAUGUGAAGCGAGAACAACGCAAAAGCAAACGAAGAGAAGAAAUGACUGAGAAAUUACCUACCAGAAAUAAUCAUAGACAGCCCCGCAACAUUAAGCAGCAUUUUGAAAUCAACAAUAACCAAGCCUGGAAAUAUAAGCUAUUUUAACCCUACUCCUCCAAGAUCUCCCUUAGUCUAUUAUAUUGCUGACAAAUACAAUAUGUGCAUCCACAAUACCUUUUUCCCUUAUCGAGACUACUAUUACGACGCCAAAAAAGAAUACGAAACUCUCCCAAAAUAUAUCAAAGAAAUGUAUGAAAAAGCUAAUGAGCUCGAUACCUUGCGAAACCAAGCUGAAUCCAUGAAGUGUGCCAAUGCAAGCUAUUUAAACUAUUUAAAUGACGCAAUUUCUUGAAGAGAAGUCUAUAGGCGUCCUUUGUCAUCAUGCUUUGGAGAAAACUUAAAAGUGAUGUGCAAGUUAUCUGUUUUUAUGGCGAUUAAAAUAGAUAAUCUUAUCAGCCACUUAAUGAGCAAGCUUGAAAGUAUCUACAAAGAUAAAACAGGGAAAAUCAAAAAAAGCAAAGUUUUAAAAGAAGCCGUGAAUUAUUGCAUAAAACAAUACCCUCAAGAUGGUCAUGUUUGCCAUUACAUUAUUUGUGGGGAAGACUUGAAUAGCUACUCUCCGACUCUUUCUAUAAUUGAACAAGCAAUUUUUCAUAGAGAUACUUGGUUUGAGAGUAGUGAGAAUAACGGAGAAAUUGUGGACUUUCAUGGCUGCCCACUUGUGAAGCCGAACAAAAUUGUUAAUUUAGGGUAUGGGAUGACUGCGAAGCUUUUUAAGAUUGAAGACGUUUGAUUUGAUAGUGGAUCUACAAAGAAAGUCAAAGAAACCGAAAGCUAUUAG